AUGAAUUCGGGGAUCCAUUUGGCGUGUGCCAUGUGGGCUUUGACGGCCCUCUCGCUCGCGCUGGUGGUCCUUCGGCUAUACACACGGAUAAAAAUCGUCAAGUUUGUCGGUGUCGAGGACCAUCUUUAUGCAUGGACAGGAGUUCUCUUCCUGUGCUUCACGAUCUUCAUUCAAGUUGCCGUCCAUUUUGGGCUGGGUCGGAGCUUCUGGUCAUUAAGCAUUGCCAGUUCAUCGGAUGCAAUCUUCUGGACCUAUGUCGCAAACACAUUUGCCAUAGUUGGGAAUGCAAUGGCAAAGCUAUGCAUGGGGCUCUUUCUCUUACGUGUGGUCCAAGUGCGGUGGCACAAGAUCGUUCUAUGGGGCAUGGUCUUCGUGAUAACAGCAACGAGUCUAAGUCUGGCUGUCAUGCUUUGGAACCAGACGACACCCAUCAAAGCAAGUUGGGAUCCUUUUAGGACACGUGGGAAGUGGAAUAUUUCGAUUCAACCCAUGAGUGUUGGGCUGGGAGUCUGGUCUAGCAUCUGCGACUUCUUUUUCGCCAUCUUUCCUUGGUUGUUCAUAUGGUCGCUCAAGAUGCCGCAAAAGGAAAAGAUCAUGUUGGCCACGGGGAUGAGCCUAGGUGUGAUUGCGGGUGCAUGCGGUAUCGUCAGGACGGUGGUGCUUGCGCGGUUGGAUGUCUACAACUACACACUGAAUUUUGUGCCAUACUUCGCUUGGGCUGGCGCCGAGAUAGCUGUCGCUAUGGUGUGUAUUGGGAUUCCAACGUUACGGCCGCUCUACCUGAAGAGCCGCGGGAUCACCUCGACGUAUGGGAGGCAAGGCCACAGUCAAGCCAGCGAAUUGCCCCAGUUCACAAUGGUUGAGAAGAAGAACACGAGUUCUCCAAAUGGGUCACCGCAGAUGCCCCAUCACUCCAGAACCGAGUCAGGCCCUAUCAAACCAUCGAGCGUGUAUACGAGAGUGUCCAGUCGGGACAGCAGGGACGGAAUAUUAGAAGCAGAACAGGGAGAAAUUGGAGUCAUUUGGGUAAAGAGUGAAGUACAAGUCCAGCAGGAUCACAGGAACUGGCUGCUCCAAGACUAG